AACUUUCAUUUUGCGCGCAGAGAGCCGGAGUAUCUGCUGGUCGCUCCCGUGACACUUUGUGUUGCUUUGAAACCAUGUCCAAAAACGGUUCUUCUUCUAAGUCUCCAGCGACGAGGAGGGCUAAGGAGAACAAUGAAGGGGAGAAAAAAUUCAUGGAAAACUGGCUUGGCUCCAAAGGAAAAUCUCCAUUAAAAGAGAAUACGAAUCAUCUCAACGGAUCUGCAAGCAAUGAAUAUUCAAAUAAAGGGGAGACUUGGGGUUUCAAGGUUCCAAAACAAGAAAAUCAGUCAGGAGAUGUCAGCGAAGUUACCUGCACAUUUAAAUGGGCGACCGAGGACUGUGAAAAUGAAUUCAAUAUCAGUGGGAAAAAACACGACUUACUUAUUAAUGCACUUAAGGAGUCGAGCUAUUUCAAGGAGAAAUACGACGAUUCAAAGUAUCUCCUGAUCCGCGUUCCAGAAUCGAAUACAGCGAUCAGUCCGUACGUUCCGAUGGGUUGCCUGCAACACCAAAAACACCUCAUCCUGAAAAUGAUCAAAGCACCGAAUCCUCCGAUUCCCAAAUACACGUGGAGUCCUGAUGGAUUUCUUUUUUAUGUGGCAAGCAAAGGAAAAACAAAAAAAGGUGCUGUUAGGACAAUUCUUCAAAACAAGAACUAUUGCCCCGGAACAAUGAACCUGGGUGUCUAUGGAUGUAAAGCGAGCACCAUAGAGAAAGCGAUCCUAGAAGAUGGGAGGUUCAGAUUGGGCUCUGACUGUAAAUUCAGUCUGGAGAGAGAUGGAAAAGUGUAUGAAGAUCACCUGCUGCUGUCCAGCCUGGAGCCCGGUGCCGGUAAUUACAUCAUUAUACUGUAUCCCUCUAAAAAAAGUAAGGGUAAGACCGGUGCCGCUGGGGAAUUAUUUUCACAUGAUGGGGAACAGGAGACCAAUUUACCUUCCUCUAGCGCAUCCUCAGCUCCGAGCAAAAUGCAGCCGAGGUAUCUUCCCAUCCAAUCAAAUCAACGACUGUGUAAAAAGUUUAACAAGGAUUUUAACACAUUUAUUAAAACUUUGGGGAAAAAUCCCUGGGGUAUUUUAAAGGAAAAUUAUUUCCGUGAUAUCGCAGACAAGAAUAUCACUCGGGCCACCACUCACCGAAUCCUCAACCAGCACUUGGAUUCUGUGGGUAUCAUUUACAUUACAGGAGACGCCAAUGGGACCUGCUUUCUCCUGACCAGCACCCUGGCUGUAACCUGUUACCACGUGCUGGAGCCAUACCUGCCAGAUAAAUGUACGGCUCAGGUCAGCCCCCAAAGUAAAGCUUUGAUAGCUCAGCGGCUGAGAAGUCUUAAUGUUGAAAUCAGCUUCAACUAUGAGAGUGAGGAACAUUCGCCCGACUUUUACAAGGUCGCUAAUCUAGCAGCAUCUAGCAAAUCACUGGACUACGCAAUUCUACAGUUAGAAGAACCGAAUACUUCAGCUUCCGGCUUGUUGGAAUUUCUAGACCUUCCGCCGGAAGAUGGAGCCGUCAGCAUCAUCGGUCACCCAGACUGUCAGAUCAAACAGCUUGACUUGUGCUCUGUGAUCAACAUUAAUAAUCGCGAAUCACAAAUUAUAAGACACCCUUUAUAUGUCCACGUGGCAACAAAGUACACUUUUGAACAAAUGAGGGAUCCUACUGUAUUAACAUACGAUACGUGUUUCUACCACGGGUUGUCCGGCUCACCGGUCUUCAACAACAAAGGAAAGCUUGUAGCUUUGCACACCGGUGGAUACCCUGUUGAAGGAAUACAGAAGAAGAGGAGCGUAAUAGAGUAUGGAAGAUCCAUGAUGGGGAUUAUUAUUCACGGUGCGGUUUAUAUAGAAGAAUUGCGCACUAAAUUGAAGGAAAUGGUUGAGCAGGAUGAGAAUUUGAAGGAAAAUAUCUGCGAUAUUACGAGGCAUCCAUUGAAAAUACAACCUACCUUAAGACGUCUUCUGAUGCUUUGGGAAAACGAACCUAAUCCAAACCCACCUGUUCCCCCGGAACCAAGCCUCAGCGAGGAAUCACCAAUGGAAGUGGAUUCCCAGCCAGAGUCCCUUAUGGAAUAAGGUCCAGGACUCCAGGGUAUGCCAGAGCUCGGAAACAAAAUGUAAGAAAGAGCCUCAUGGCCCCAAAUCCUCCGAUCCGCCCUCCCCCGCUAUUGCUUUUUUGGGGAUGACUAGAAUGAUUUCGGUCUUCAAUCAGUUUAUUUCUAUCUUUUGAUGUUUCUGUAUUAACGAUAUCAAUGUGUUCUAUAAUUACGUCUCGCAUUUUGCAAAAUGUGUUUCUGGAGUCAAUAAUAAAAGAAAAAUGAAUUGAAAGCAAA